AUGCUAGGUCAUAAGAGUUCUUCUAGUACUAGUAGUAUCUCAUGGACCUUUUGUAAAUAUAAAUGUUCUGUUAGUUUUUCGUGUAUAUUUGACGAUAAAUGCUCGACCAGUAAUAAAUUCUCCUUUAGUUUUACAUUGACCUUUCGUAAUAAAUGUUUUUUUAGUUUUACAUGGAUCUUUCAUAAUAAAUUUUCUUUCGGUCUCUCAUAUACUCUUGCUAAUAAACGAUGGUCCUUUUUGUGGACCAGUGGAUGGAUCUAUAAUUUAUGUGAAGAAAACGAUCAACUUUAUGAAGUCUCCUUUUUUAAAACAGUAGAUUAUGAUUUGGAUAAAUACGAAAGAUCAACAAAAUAUAAGAAUGCCAAAUUAAUUUUAUGUGAAAAAUGUUAUCAAAAAAUUAAUAGUAUUUCAUGUUUCGAAUGUUAUGAUAAAGUAUAUAGUCAUAAAAAAGAAUAUCCUACAAUGAUUGGAGCGUGCGGAGGUUGUUUUGAAAUAAUAAGAAACUACGAUGGGUGUUCAUUUUGCAAACUAAAACAUAUAUUUAUUAACUUGUUUAAUUAUUUAUGGAAUAGGAAAUUUAAGAAUUGUGAUUUUAUAUUAUGUUUGGAAUGUGAUCAAAAUAUUGAUAGACUUGUAAUAUGUUUUAAUUGUUAUAAUAAAUUAACUAAUGAUAAAGAAAAAAAUCUUAUGAAGUUUGGAAGAUGUAAAGAAUGCUAUCAAGUAAUAACAGGAUCCUAUGGUUGUUUAUCUUGCAAUCAAAAACGAUUUCAACGAAAAUUUGAUAAAUGGAGUAGCGGUAAUACAGAAAUUGAUGAAUUAAUACGAUAUAAACAAGUUUCUGCACGUGAUUUUAGUGAUGUUUUAGAAUGGAUUCCACUUAGUAGAUUUACAAAUAUUAAAUAUAUAGCUGAGGGAGGUUUUGCUAAAGUAUAUUCAGCUACAUGGAUUGAUGGAUAUAUUAUCAAUUGGAAUCAAGAAUAUAAUAAUUGGAAAAGAUCCGGAACCUAUAGAGUUGCUUUAAAAGUACUAAAAAAUUCGAGGGACCUGAGUUUAGAUUUUUUAAAUGAGAUUAAAAAUUUGGCGAAAAUUUCUAAUAAUUAUGAGGGUAUAAUAAAAUUUCAUGGAAUAACGCAAGUUCCUGAUACUUCUAAUUAUGCAUUAGUAUUCAAAUUAGAAGAUUAUGAUUUACGAUAUUGUCUCAAUCAAUAUUUUAGUCCAUGUUCAAAUAAGAAAGAAUAUACAGAAAAAAUUUGUUUAGGUCUUUUUAAUAUUCAUAAACAUGGAUUAAUUCAUAAAGAUCUUCAUAUAGGUAAUGUAUUGUGUUCUAAUGGAUCAUCAGCGAACAUUAGUGAUUUUGGAUUCUGCAAACCAGCAAAUGAAGCUUCUUCAUAUACAAAUAAUACAAAUACCUAUGGAGUAAUACCAUAUAUGGCGCCUGAAAUAUUACGUGGAAAAGAAUAUACACAGGCAUCUGACGUAUAUAUGUUGUGGACUACGCCCAAAAAUAAGAGAAGAAAUACCAGGCAAAUUAAAAGAAUUGAUUCGAAAAUGCUGGGACGCAAAUCCAAAAACCGACCAACUUCUGAAAUGAUAUUUAACACAUUUGAAAAGAUAAAGAGUACUGCACUAUAUUUUGAUUUUGAUUUUAAUGAUCCAAUAACAACAAAAAAUUUUGAUACACAUCCUCAAGCAAUAUAUACCAGUCGACUCCUCAAUUUUAAAAAUUUACCUGAACCUGUAAAUUGUUUAAAUCAAGAAGAAUUUAUAUCUUCAAGAUAUAUUAUGCAAAUACAAACAGAAGUUAAAAAUUAUCAUUCCGAAUGUUUUGAUUGUGCAAUUAUUGAUUGA